GCUCGGCACUACAAGCACACACGCCCUGUUAGGAUCGGCUGUCCCAGCCGUCGCUACUUCUUGGAGGCGGGGAAUAGAGAAACGCGUCGCCAAGGAUAUGUCUUGGCUGAAGAGUGGCAACGUGUAGAGUUGCCGAAGAGGUACUCGGCUCGCGUGGCGGCCAUGAGAGUCGAUCGCAGCCGGCAAUAGGUGCUUGAACCUGUCAGUUCUACGGGUCACGGCACCGGGAAGUAUUGUUGAUAGUGUAUGUAGAGAUAUGUAUGACUACAUGUAGGGUUUAUAAUGGAGACAAAUUCGACAGACAACGACGGCCUGGGGUUCUCCCCACCCGUCCGCUCUAUAGACCUGACCCUAACCGUAGCCAUCUGUACCGUAGCCGGACUGAUUCUGGUCGGGAACGCCGCGUUCUUAUGCCGCCGGCGGCGUCCUAAAGAAGGCGCCGUCAACAUCCUCCUCCUGGACAACCUGGCGGGUUCUAACAUCGGGCUGGUGGUGUAUCUCUCCGGCCUGGUGACGGGGGAUUUCCUGCAUCAUAACGGCCACCUGUCCGCGGCGUCGCUACAGAUCCUGUGUAAUGUGGAAGGCGUUCUCGGCAUCCUGUUCUCGGAGCUGUCCCUUUGGCUCAGCCUCACCAUCACCGUCAGCAUGUUCGUCCGUCAGGUCUGUCCACGCAGGAUGCGCCGCGGCAAGGACUACCUCCCCGUCUACAAAGUCAUCGCCAUCGCAGAGUGGAUGACAGCCCUGAUCUUAGCUGGCUUUCCUCCUGCUCUGUCCAUCUUCUUCAGUAAGGACCACGCGCCGACCGUCACGGCGUACCACGAGGUCUUGUGCCUGCCCCAGGGAACCAAAACCGAGCAUAAACUCGAGUUCACUCUCUUCUUAAAUUGCGCUAUUGUACUGACCAUCUUCGUCUGCCUGUCCGCAGUGCCUUGUUGUAUCAGGGGACAGUUAAAGAAGGCCUCCCUGGCGAUGGAGGAGAGGAUAAUAAAGCGGGACGCGGCGGUGUUCGCGAGGAUGGGGGCGGCGGUGCUGAUCAUCGCCAUCCCGUGGGUCCCCGCCCUGCUCAUGUUUACCAUGACGUACUUCGGGAUCAGGAUCAGACAGACCGUUCUUCAGUGGACCCUGUGGUGUGUUCUACCCUCCGGUCCCGCCAUGUUUCCCGCGGUUUACGUCAUCGUGGUGGAGAGUACCCGGUGCCGCCACCUUCUCAACUCGUGCAGAGACAAAUGGCGGAAAGGUGAAAAGUACAGUCUGAAGCUCCGUGAGCUGACGUCACAGAUGAGUCUCCCGUCCCUCGCCUCCAAGACGUGCCUGCGGGAGUCCACCCUGAUGAAGGAGGCCGUGGCCGCCGCGGCUGUGGGAGAGGCGCCGUCAGAGGUGGAGUGGACGGAACUCUUGCAGCCGUGCGCCGGGCCUCAUGACCAGCUGCUGGCGCUGGUGUUGUGGAGUGGUGAGGGGAGCGCCCUCCAGACCGGCACGCUGAAGCUGUACCACCCCACACAGGCCAGGCGAUGGGACACCGAGGUACAGAUGGCUGGGAAGCUGGCGGCGCACCAGAGCCCCAACAUCAUCAGGUACCUGUGGAACUCUGACGACCACACUACCAAGGUGCUGCACGUGCCGGACAACUGGGUGGACCAAGUCUUCACCAGGAACAAGUACAUCUGUAUCCAGACGUACGAACAUGGGUCUCUGAGGUUCUUCCUGCUGGAGCACUUGGGGCUGCUGACGGACCUGCUAGUACAGAUCGUGGCCACGGAAAUAGCCAAGGGGCUGGCCCACCUGCAGAGCAUUGGUAUCGUCCACAACAGCCUCAGCGCUGCUUCGGUUCUGAUUGGAGGCGACAUGGAGCAUAGCGUCAUUUUGCGAGUGGCCAUAUCGGACUUUAACAGCUGCAAAGAAGCUCCUGUGCCAGACCCGGCGGAGCAGGAAGCAACAACGGUCGGACAUGACACAACAACGGUAGACGUCUUUGGUUCAUCAACGAAGGGCGAUACAUACGAUAUCGACAUCCGCUCCUUGGCACUGAUCUUGCUCGAGAUGCUGGCGCGGCUGCGGUCCCGGUCCUGGACGAGCCUUCCGCGGGCCCGGCGGAAAUUCAGCUGCGGCAGGAGGAGCAGCAAGCUCCGGGAACGACUAAGGGUGAGCGGCAGCGACCAGGAGACACCUGCCAAACUUGGGGAGGGGAUAGAAGACACCAGCGCGGAGGAAGACGACGCGUUCGGAGAGGUCCAGCUACAAUGUUCUGGGCUGAGGGAAAGCCUUUCGUACGACGCGGGUGACUCCAGAACAUUUCCCACCCAGACGUUCCGAAAGGACAGUUUCAACUUGACAACGUUCAUGCCGGAGUGCACUGAGCAGGCAGAGUCGGUCGUGUCCACCGGCCAGUCUUCGUCCGGCAUCCUGACGGGCAGAGGGCGGCGCCCCGACUCCGAUACCUCUUCUGUCUUCAACACCCUGGAGUCCAACAACGGCAAUCGUCAUGUCGUAGACAUCAACACUACCUACGACUCCACUUUGUCAAGAAGCGACGAAGCGGAGUCAGACAAUAAGUCUAGCUACACUUGGCCAAGAAGUGCCGAAACGGGUAAUGCCAUCUACUCCGUUGAAUCGGAGGUAACCUUUAGCAAACCGUCCAUCAUGACGGAGGAGUCCGAGAGCGACAAAAAUGGUGGUGUUUUUGAAGCAAUGACACAGGACGCCCUCUCCGAGAUUAGAAGUCCCGAGAACCGAAUCGUCGUUCAGGAUUUCGCCAGCAUUAUCACGAGCCUGGACGGGUAUAAUGAAGAGGAACAGAAGGGAAGUGACGACUACUCUGAAGCUUCCACCAUACCGGCUGGAGAUGACAACCACUCUCUCUGUAACUCACAGCCGUCCACCGUGUCGAGGCAAGGUAUUAUCCUCUCGGAGGCGUCCACGCCGCCAAUCUGUAACUUUGACGUCUUCCUCUCACCCGACAGCAUGUCAGCCUACCUAAGAGACGACGCUUCUGAGCGGCUGUACACCCGCAAACCUCCUCGAACCUUCUCCUUCACCCAGGAGGAGCGGCUACCGUCCGCGGUGGGUCCGCACCACCUCCGGUACUGGCGGGAACUCCGGCUGAUGUUCCCCUGGCUCCUGGAGGAGCCGGCGUCGCUAGGCAACAAGCGGCAGCUCCAGAAGAUCAUCAACGUGCUGCGAAGUGGAUUGGAACUCAGGAAGCUGCUGCAGAUCAUGACACAGUGUCUGGUGAGCGACCCCGCACCGGCCGUGGAGCAGGUGUUGGAAAACCUCCACCAGUGCAUGCCGUCUACAGACAUCUAAUUACAAUUACUAGUGUUUGCGGUGCCGUAAGUAUCCGUCAGCGUCCAUCACUGUUCAGCAGUAUUCGUCAGUGUUCGUAGAUUUCCGCCAGUGUUUCGGCUGUGCCAUGUCUAGGGUGACAUUGUGACAUUGUAAAAAUCAUCCCAACAGGCUUUCCUUGCGGGACGUUGGGAUAUAGCGAGCGGGCGUUAUCGUGUAGUGAACGGUAUGUUGUCUACGCAUGUUGAUAUGUAUGUUUGUUGUUUUAGGAACAUGACGUUGUAGAAAAUUGGAAGACAAAAUUACAGUAGUUACACCGCGUAUUUGCCACCAGCGCCGGCUGUUUGAGAUUUGUUGAUAUUCUAUGAACGACGUCUUCGUCUCGAGGAAUGACGUAAUGUUAACGGUAAUGUGUACCUGGUUUGAAACAGGUGCUUGCAGAUUACUGGUAGGGUACGCGAGAACACAAAGCGGUUUCUUCGUGGUUUGUCCAUGUAGAUAACAUUGUUUGACUAUUGACCGGAAUUUGCCAUUCAGACACAAAUAUACAAAGGAAGCAGGCACAUUGAUGUAUCGUUACCUGUAAGUAAGGCUUUCCGCUGUGUAACAAAGAGUUCGGAUUGCUAUAGCUGAUACCGUACAGUGUCUGCAACGUUGUUACUAAUCAUCAGUAGGUAUUGCGUACGUGUGUCGUCUGUGGAUUAAACAUUCCGCUAAAAGGAUGAGAUUGUUUCAGAAAACAUAUGGUGCAGCUGCUUUAUCGACGUGAGCUGGAGACAAAUGCCAGGCCGCUAAAAGUGUGAUGUUUGUCUUGUCGGCUGUCACAAUUUAUAAAAUCACCUUACAUCUGAUGUACCUCAAUGAACUUUGUACCUCAAUAUGUUAGGAAAAGAAAAUAAUUAAACAAUUAAAGCAUUUAUUUCCUGCUAUCCAUAUGAGGGCAACAGCCGUGUAGAUUUGAAACAAAAGCGAUGGUUUUGAAAUUGCUGAUACUGCAUGUGAAAACUAACUUUCUAACAUUUUGCAGAUUGAAAUGGACUUAUUCAAAGUAAUGUUAGAUGUGUAAGAUGACGACGGCAAUGUUAACAUUAUCUGUUCUUUUCCUGAUUAUAGAAGUUUGUACAUACACAUGUAUAUAAGACGUAAAUUAUGGUGAAAUGGUACGCCAAAGGUGAUGUACUUCUUGUAUGUUUGAUAUCACGUUUGUACACUUGAAUAAAAGUAUAAUCCUGAAAUGGUUGUUCAUGAUGGGAGAUAUUUAUUGACUUGCUCUGCUUAACUGGUUAAAUGUUACAAUAAAUGUCUUUGAUGUCAGGAUUGGUCCCGGAGUAUUCUAGUAAAUAGCACAAUAUAUGAUGAAUAUGCCUAAGAUUAUGUGUCGGCUAAAGACAUAAUGAAUAUGAAGAAAAUUGGAUAUACCUGUGUAACAGUCUAGACUUCCUAAUGGUGCUCUCUAAGCUUAAUUAAAGAAAAUGCCAAUUUGACAAUUACAUGCACAUUACAAGUGCAGGUGUCUUGUUUUGGAUGAUUGAAAGUCAUAAAUGGCAACCAAUAUAUGCCCUGUUUUCUGUAUACAUUCCUGACAUAACCUUUAUAUACUUGCUACCUGACAUUCUGUCACAGACUGAGAUUAUAUUAUGAUUCAUGGCAAUACUUCAGGAAUCCCUCUAGGGACAGCAAACAGACACAGAGAUCAGUCCAAUCAUAAAUUUAUUAUAUACAUCUUUGUCCAUGACACCGGCUAUAAAGCAGCAUUAGCAACAAAUGAACAUAAAAAAUACAUGCUGUCAUUGAGUUUGUGUAAAGUCUCAGGGCAAGGGAGUCAAACUACUAACAGUGCACAACCUCAUCAAUAGUAUGCUGUGAAAGGGUUGUUAAUUAUUCACCUCACAUACUUCCACACUCUCCAUAGCUGUCAGUCAGGAUCUGAACAAUACCCUCCUUAACCUUUCCCUGCGGAGGCAGCCUUUUGGCACCAGGUGUGCUUCAGUUACUGGGGAAGGCAGCAGGGGGAAGUUAUAAAAAAUCUUGUCUGUCAAACAUCAUGUUGGAUUUGCAAGAAGUGGGACAAAUCCAGGGUUGGUACACAGCAUAUUGCAGCAGAAACAUUUCUACAGAGUGUGUUCAAUACAUGCUGGAUGUUACAUUGAUCAAUGUGAACACCUUUGCUAGUAAUGUUAUCUGUGUAACCUGGAUAGCAAGAGAGAUCCUUUCUCCUAUGCACAGACAUAUCCACGUCAUUGAAGUCCAUCAAACUGAGCGGAGUAACAGACAUUGGUUUGUAUCUGUGUAGGAGAAUGGAGAGAUCAUGGUAAUAUCAAGGUCACAUCAAUUUGACAAGAUGUUUCUCCGAUUCUUCACUAAAAGUUACUGUUGUUCCCUCUUAAAGACAGCUAAUCACAUUGGCGCAGCCUGAAAUAAUAGUUUUGUCUCCAUCACAGUUUUGUUAUACCUUGGAUUCCUGUUCUUGACUAAUUACUGCGAUAGCAAUAUGCCAUUUGACUACCAACUACAUAGUAAUUCUUUGCACUUGUUUUGCCAACAAUAUCAACUAUUCACACAAAUUUGUAACACAGUUGUAAUUUGAUAUCAUAAUUCUUUUUCAUCCAGUAAAAUUUACAAUACAGCCAGGGACUUGACAUGCAACAUACUUCCUUAUAAAUGUCAAGGAGUUACAAACACCAAAAGCCAUUGCAGAGCCGCUGUUCCUAGUUGCACAUCUAGAGUUUUACACUUCAACCUUACAAACACUGAAGGGGCACAAACAAACACUGAUUAAUACUUGUAAAAAAACCCUCUGUAUGUACCAGUAACACACACGGGAAAUUGUACACAAAAUCAAUGAGCCAACUAUGCUGACUGCAGCCUCUUUCCAUAAUUACAUCAUCAUAUAUCACAUGCCAGGAUUCAAUCUGUAGUGGUCCACAUAUCCAGGAGUCAUGUUUGAAAUGAUGUUACAGAAAAAUCCAUAAUCUUUUCAAUUAACAGUUGCCUUUCACUUUAGGCAUAUCAUGGCCAAGACAUCAUGAUUUCAUGGUAUUUUGUAGAGCUUGGCAGACAAGACAAAGAAAACUGCUGUAUACUUGAA